AAAUAUCUAGAACCUGGGAAGUACUACACAGAGAGCUCUUCAAUAGCACGCUGAAAUAUGGAGAGGACGCGAAAGUUUUCUAUAGGAGAUUAGAAGUACUAUAUAACGAAUUACAAAAAGUAGACACGAUCAUAGGAGAAGAAGCUAAAAAAGACAAGGCUAUACGAGCGUUACCUGAUGAGAUGAAAGAGACGAAAGUAUCACUCUAUCUAAACUAUAGCCAAACAUUUGGUUACGAUGAUUUGAUCAAGAAAAUCAUUAAUUAUUAUAAUGCCAGUCUCAUAUUUGAACCAACAAUUGAAGAGACACCAGUCAAUCAAACUACAUCAUUAAAACCUGUUAACUAGCAAGAUGAAGAAAAUAAUAAUACUUCAGAAGUAGAUUAUACACAAGCAAAUGAUUUGCUGCGUCGCAUCAGUCUUAAGUUCUGCUUUUACUGUUCACGCAAUAACUAUAGAAGACCACACACACAUACAGAUAAUGAAUGUGGGCACCUAUACCCGGAACUAAAGGAACGACACAAGGGAAAUAGAAAGCUAAACAGGAUUGGAGGGCGAUCCGCAAUCAAAGAUCAAGAACAGCACUAUGAUAAUCACACAUCCACAGUCUCCAUUCAACACGCUGGAAACCAAUUCACCGCAGACCUCGCAGUAGUCUCCCAGUUGUCAAAAUAUACGUGCACCAACAGACGAGACUUACUCACCAACGUGAGAGAGCGUAAGGCCUUAUCCUUUCCUAACAACUACUGGACCAGUAGAGCUGACGACCAUGGGUACAAUGGAAUUAAACUUGGAAUACCAGGGUGGUAUCAUAAAGUGGGUUGAUACUGAGGUCCUUUACUGCUCAGUUAUCCCUUCAACACUACUCGGGCCAAACAUACUUCAGAAAUACAAUCUAGGUUUACUUUUUAAACCACAGCACAGUGGAACAUUCUUUGACAUGGAUAGCGGGGUCGCCCUACAUAAGGUUCCACUUACACAUGGGAAAAAGAACCAGAUUAGCCGCAAGAUACAAGCGGCUUGGUUAGCUAAAUGAUUGGUCAUCAUUCUUUUAUCAGUCUUCCGUAGAUAAUUGAAUAUACGAGGGUAAAGUCAAUGCUGGAAGAACAGUGAUAUCAUUCAUAGUCAACACGCCCGUCCAUUAUUAUCACUAAGUACCUAAUCAAUGCGCGUAUUACUCGAGCCGUUCAUGGUACCUCUACAUUACUUUUGAGUCUCUUAAAGCGUAAGAUCCCCACAAUUGCCCCAGGAUAAAGAGUACGAAUAUAAAGAAAUGACUUGAAUUUUAAUCAAUGAAGCACAAAUUGAGCUGAAAUGACAAUGAAUUUAGUGGUUUACGUCUAAGCUUAUAUCAUUCAUUGCUAAUUGACACUUUAUAUACCCAUCCGACUUUUCUUACAGUUCCUAUUAGUUGUUCGUCCUUAUCGAUGCGAUCUGUUUAUGUACGCUGC